UAAGCUAUGCCCUUAUUGUCAGCAUUCGUCAUAAAAACAACAAUACCCAUAGUUCCUAGCGUUCAAGCAACUUCUGUUGACAUCUAACGUUUCCGGGGCCACUCACAUGCGACCGACAGUCCAUUCUACAAGGCAAUUUGGAAGAUAUCAGCUGGAGAACCAGUGUAUAAGUGAGAGCAUCAGAGAAGAUGUCUCCUCCACGGCUCACAGGUGCACUGCGCUCCUUCUCCAAUGUCAGCAAAAAGGAGGACUUUCCUGAACAGCUCUAUGAUCUGAAGACCAAACGACUGAAGAGAAGGGAGCUGUUUGCCAGAGAGGGCCUAACGUGGCAGAAGAUUGUCCAUUUCUGCACCGAGCAUCAGGACAAAGCUAAGCAGCAAGCUGCCAGUCAAGAACUGAGGAGCCUCCUUCUGGCAGCCAAACAGAUUGGUAAUUAA